AUGGGCAGCAACGGUGAUUUCCAUGUUUCCACAGGUGUCACACCUAUAAAAGGACCUGUUUCCUACUCCACAUACAAAUCUCCCUAUGGACCCAAAUAUAAGAUCCAGCCGAAUAUCGGUGGGAUGACGCCCAAGGCUGCUUCUAAAGUUGGCCUUACUCUAGCAGGAUUUGGUGCUACAGCUGGAUUCUUCGCCCUUUUCUUCUUCUCCGAUAUCCCUAAAGUACGAAACGAUAUCAUGGUUAAAAUCCCAUUUAUUGGUGAUCGCUGGAAGAGGGAAGUUCCUGCAUCGGACAACCCUUUUUAG